AUGCAUCAACGGCGAGGCGUAGGAAGGCAUGCGCUCUGUCAUGUGAGGCGUGAGCUUCGCGAGGAAUUUGGGUUACCUUUGGGUUUUAAUGAAGCUCGUCCUCCUCUGUCGUAUUUGGGCUGCACUUUCGAAAUAGGUUGUGCCGCCGAUGUAUAUGCAAGAUGUUUGAAUUUAGAAUUAGUCAGUUUCUAUUGUGCCAGUUGUGCUAACGGGUGGGUAAAUCUUUGUAAAUCAUAUUUGGUAGAGGCACGGUGGUUUUACGGAGGAUACACGCCAACAUUACAAGAGUACUUAGACAACGCAUGGACUUCAGUGGGUGGCCCUGGUGCUCUUCUCCAUACUUAUUUGUUGCAAGGAUUAGGAAGCCACCUCACAAAAACUUCACUUGAGUCCUUUAAGCAUGGCUCUGAAAUUGUAUAUUGGUCAUCCCUCAUGACUCGACUUAGCGAUGAUUUGGGCACUUCCAAGGCUGAAAGUGAGAGAGGUGAUGUGGCUAAAGCCGUAGAAUGUUACAUGGAAGAAAAAGGCACAUCUGAGGAAGAAGCACAGCACUACAUAAACGAUUUGAUAUGCUAUUCAUGGAAGAAAAUGAAUGAGGAGAGUGCAAAAACUAGCAGGAUACCAAAAUCAGUUGUAAAAAUGUCACUCAAUAUGGCGCGGACUGCUCACUCUAUCUUUCAACAUGGCGAUGGUAUUGGAACUUCAAUUGGGGUCACCAAAGAUCGUUUAAUUUCUUUGAUUGCAAAUCCUAUUCCUAUAUAUCAUGAACCCAAGUGA